CAGCUCUUGACCACAUCGUUUAAUGACCGUCUGUGCAGAGCUCACAGUUACUCUGGCGUUUGAACAGGUACGGAAGGUGUGAGCAUUUCACGCAAAGGAUCAUUUUUUUAACGUUGCUUUCCAAAUGAGAACACCUGGUUUAGUUAUCCAGCUGCCUGUUUGCAAAAAAACGCAGACAGAAAGGAGGAAGUUACACAGCAGCAGAGGCAACGUAACCUCUCUGAGGGAGUAGCCAAAUUUCCUAUUUCAGUUAUUGGCAGUAAACGCACACUGAGUUUAGGGUGACGUCACACUGAGACUGUCAGUGUUCACUUCCCGCAGACACGUGAAUGGUUAAUGGGACACAUUUUUUAUUAUUAUUUUUUUAUUGCCACAGGUUUUUAUCUUUUGAAAAAGUGAGUGGAGGAUAAAAUGGCCAGGGCUGGAGGUGUUUUGAAGAUGGCAGCAGUCGUCUUUGCGUUCCUCCUUGUUAUAUUUAUGGCUUUUCAGCUGCUUGAGAUAAACAUGGACUUUAAGAUUGGCAGUGUGAUCUCAAGAUCUGUGCCAAUAAAUGAAGGCUCACAGCCAGUCAAGUACAAGUGUGGGCUCUCCAAGUCAUGUCCAGUUGGACACUUCGCCUUCAGGAUGGCGAGUGGAGCGGCCAGCGUGGUCGGACCCAGAAUCUGCCUGGAGGACAAACUAAUAAUGAGCUCGGUGAAGAACAACGUGGGGAGAGGAAUCAACAUCGCCCUGGUUAAUGGAAGAACAGGGGAUGUUAUGAAGACGGAUUAUUUCGACAUGUGGGGAGGAGAUGUGGCUCCCUUCGUUAAAUUCCUGAAGGGGAUUGAGGAUGGGACGGUCGUGAUGAUGGCCUCAUUUGAUGAUCCGUCAACAAAACUCAACGAUGAAGCCAAGAAGCUAAUUGCUGACCUGGGCAGCUCAGUUAUCUCUACUUUGGGCUUCCGCGAUAACUGGGUCUUUGUGGGAGGGAAAGGCAUCAAGACCAAGAGUCCAUUUGAGCUGCAUAUAAAGAACAAUGCAGACACCAACAAGUUUGAGGGAUGGCCCGACGUUCUGGAGAUGGAAGGCUGCGUUCCUCAGAGGCAGGACUGAGUGGGAGGUGCUGCUCUAACGGCCGUCCAACCCGUCCUCCUGACAUCCCUGUCCACAUAUGACUUUGCAGUGGUUACACUUCUUUGAACUGGCGUCAUUUUUGUAGCUCUCGCUCUCACAGCGCUUGUUAUUCACAUUUGCCUACUAAAAUAAAAAAAAUUAAAAAAAAAACUUCCAGAAUAUGCUACAAGGAAGGCGGUGCUGCUGUGGGAACUUCAGUGAGACCUUAGCAGGAAUGUGAAGCCUGGAAUUAUUUUCUAGUAUUUCCUGAUUGAGUACUUUAAUGUAAAUUGGUAUUUGGGAGCGAGGUAAUAGGUCAGGUGCACUGAAUAAAAAUGGACUCUGUAACGACCACAGACUUGGCUGUGAUAGUGUUACAUAGCUGCGUUGUUUGCUUAUGGAAAUGGAUAUCAUAGCCCAGAUUUUUUUUUUUUUGGGGGGGGGUGGGGGGGGGGCUAAGUUUCCAUUACCUGUUUCCUGCCUUAAAUCUCAUUAUCUUAUUCCUUGUUUGAAACCAACAUGCCUUUGUGAUUCCUUUUGUUCCUGUCAGAGAGAGCAUUUAUUCUAAGACACGUUUUUUCAUUAACAGGGUUCUGAGGAUGCUUCUUGUCAUUAUAUUGUAACCAAAUGUACCAAAUUCACUGUGAAAUCUGUAAAUAUUUCUUUAGAAAAGAAUAGCGAAAAGAUCCUAAUUUAAUGCGCGUUGCCAUAAUAAUAUAAUUUCUUAAAAUAAAUGAUAUUGGUAGUAAUAUGUGUGUGAGUUGAUGAAGUGUGUUUUGUUAUAUAUAGCGUUGUUAUGUAGUUAUUUCUUUGUGCUAAUGAUAUUUGUACUGAUAUGUAGUUUGUUUUUAUGUGCAUGUGUAAAUUACAGUAUAUCUCAACAGUUAUGGAUCAACUGAACAUCAUCAGUAUCA